GGAUUCGAAACAAUCGAAUGCCUAAAAAAUCUUAAACCGAUAAAAGCAAUAAUGGGUAUAUUUAAAGAAUUGGGAGACAGCAAAAUAUACGACUACUCAUUACAAGAAACUCUAGUUGAUUGUUUGAGUGAUGAAACAGUUUACGUUUAUCUGAGUUUACUUGCUAGUAAUCAAGAUAAGAACAAAAUUGAAGUACUAGCACCAGCCGGAUUACUAUCACAAGAAGUGUUACCAAAUAAAACAGCUUUGAUUCGAAGGAAAAAUUUGGAUGAGUUGUUAAAACUAGAUAUUCUUAUAUGCUGUGUUGUUGCAAAACAUCAUUGGACGCUUACAAUAAUCAAACCAAAGGAAAAGAGCUUUUAUUACAUCAAUCCUCUAGGCGAAAUCUUAUCUUCAAUAAAAAAAGAAGAAAUAAAAUGGAAUAACUAUUUGAAACAAAGGUAUGGAAUUUCAGAAACAUAUAAAAUAAUGACAUUGCCACAUGCACUGCAAAGAGACAGCAUAUCGUGUGGAGUCUUUUGUCUUAAAGUAAUGUGAAAUACUUUUUAUUUUUUUACAAUUUUUAUAAAAGAUAUAUAGUUCCAUUAUUUUUUAUUCAUCAUAAAGAUAGCAGCAAAUAUCUUCAAAGUCUAAUCAAAAGCUGCAUCAGUUAUUUUUUAUAAUGAAUCUGGAUAGUGAUGCAAUAAUAAGACUAAACCCAAAUAAUAUUGAUGCCAAUGAGCAGUACUCAUUAACGGUAUACCAAUUGAGCUAUCCAGUAACUAAAUAAAUACAGCUCUAUUACCAUAUAUGCCUACCAGCAAAUUUUUAAUUCGAGUGUUCAUUGUUUAGAGGCAACUUCAGACUCUUGUUAUCUCCUCCUCCUCCCCCUCCCUAUCAUCCACUUUGAAAAAUUAUCACAAAUUUUUUAGGUAGCUCAACCUAAGCCGAGUUUAAUAAAACAUUUGUUAUAGUUAAGAGUUCUAAAUUAAAAUUUUUUAGUUUGCUGAA